CACCGUCUGGAUUUGUAGGUUAUGUGUAGGGGUUUGAGACCGUGAAAACAUUAGAGUUUGGGAGCAUUUGUGGAUUUUUGUCAUGGGUCAAGGGUGGAAAAGGUUACCCUUGCUAGUAGUUUUCCUGCUAUUUUGGAAGAAUACUGAUGGAUUUAAAGGUGGCGCUUAUUCCAAUGCCCAUCAACAGUGGGGUCAGCCUUCUGACACUUUCUCACCUCAUGCUGUCCAGUCUUCUAUGCCAGAGGCCCGUGUGACUGGGACUUUGCCUGUUGAAGAAGUGGGCUCCAGUUUGUUCUCUAACAAACCCCUGAAGAGCAGGUCAAAGUUUAAUCUACUCCAGUUUGUCAAAGGUGGUUCCAGCAGCUCUCAGUCAACGUCCCAUGCCCAAACUGCUCCAGGCAGCUCUGUCUCUGCUUUCUUGCCUCUGCCCCUAGAUGAACAGCCUUUAAGCAGCUUGACAUCUGCUGGAUCAAGUAUUUCAGGUGCUGCUAGUGGAUUGAGUUUGCAGACUCUGUAUGCUGCAAGUGGUUCUGGACACCUCGUUUCUACCCAGGGAGGGAGUAGUAGCUACCCUGCCAAGCUUGGCUUUUCUGACCAGUCCACCAGUGAUGGUUUGCAUUUGUCAACCUCCCAGGAAACCUCUGUUCAUAAAUCAGCAGAAGCCUCUUUGCCUGUGUUCUCUCAGGAGAGUAUCUCUUACAGCAGUUCAUCUGCUCCAGGUGCCACUUCCACUUCUCAAAGUAGCCCUAUACUAUCAGAAAGUUCGGGUCAACGUGUAUUUUCUCAGGGGGAAGGUAGCUACAGUGCUUUGUCUCAAGGUGCCUCUAGUCCAUAUACUCCAGGAUCCCUGAUGUCUAACAAGCUUGAUGCUUUACCCUAGGGGUUUCUAGCCAGUCCACAAGUGCUCAAAGUUCACCUAGUGGUUCUCCAAGCACCCAGAGCAGGUCUGGCACUCAGUUAGCAACUUCUAGUCGUUAUGUCUCAGUACAGGGAGGUAGUAGCUCUACUAGUUUUUCUCACAAGCCUCAGGGCACUCUGGGUCAGUAUGCUCCCUUGUCCCCUACCAAAUAUGUAAGCGCUCCCAUGUCAUCGCCCCAAGAUAUCUAUAGCCAGGCCACAAGUAGCGGGUCUUCCUAUAGAGCUGUUUCACAGGUUGGUUCUCUGCCUCAAGUGGGCGCUUCUGAUCAGUUUGCAUCUCGGAGAGGCAACCAUUACAGUGGAUUGCUUCCACCGUCUCAAGCUACCUCUAGCCAAGGGCAUAUUGACUACUCCAAGCCCGUUUCCUCACCCCAAAGCACUUCCAGUCAGUCUGCCGGUGUCUGGAGUCCCGUAAGCAAUAUGCCUCUGCCUCCCAGGGCAGCUCUAGAGCUCAGUUUGGGGCCUCUACUGGUUUUACCUCGCAGGGAAUGAGUGGUUCUGUCCCAUCUCAAGGUACCACAAGUCAGUUUGCCCCUGGCUCUCCAUCUCCAUAUGAUAGUUUAUAUUGCAAGUGUGCACUGUCACCCCAAGGUGUAGACCGUGAGUCUACUACUGUUCAGAGUUCACAUAAGCAGUUUACCUCUAGAUAUGGCACCGAGUCAGGGUCUUCUACUCCAUUCACCCUGCAAGGAAGUAUUGCUUAUGAUCGAUCGCCACGGCCUCAAGGUACUGCAAGUCAACUUGGCCCUGUGUCUCACUCCUAUCCAAGUGUAUCAUCCUCAUCCCAAGGUGUUGCCAGUCAGUCUACAACUGUUCAGUUUUCUAGGAAGCAGCUUGCCUCUACUUACACAGGCAGCUCUGGCACCCAGGCUGGGUCCUCUCCUCCCUUCACCCUGCAGGGAAGCACUGCUUAUGGUGGAUCACCUCAAGAUGCCGCAAGUCCAUUUGCCCCUGGGUAUGAAUCCUCUUAUGGAAGAGUGUCACUGUCCUCACCCCAAGCUGGUCCAUCUACUACUGUUCAGGGUUCACGGAAGCAGUUUACAUCUACCUUCACAGGGGGCUCUGGCACCCAGGCUGGGUCCUCUCCUCCCUUCACCCUGCAGGGAAGCACUGCUUAUGGUGGAUCACCUCAAGAUGCCGCAAGUCCAUUUGCCCCUGGGUAUGAAUCCUCUUAUGGAAGAGUGUCACUGUCCUCACCCCAAGCUGGUCCAUCUACUACUGUUCAGGGUUCACGGAAGCAGUUUACAUCUACCUUCACAGGGGGCUCUGGCACCCAGGCUGGGUCCUCUCCUCCCUUCACCCUGCAGGGAAGCACUGCUUAUGGUGGAUCACCUCAAGAUGCCGCAAGUCCAUUUGCCCCUGGGUAUGAAUCCUCUUAUGGAAGAGUGUCACUGUCCUCACCCCAAGCUGUUGCUGGUCAUGGUACCGUUCAGGAUUCACAGAAGCCGUUUACAUCUACCUUCACAGGGGGCUCUGGCACCCAGGCAGGAUCCUCUACUCCCUUCACCCUGCAGGGAAGCACUGCUUAUGGUGGAUCAUCUCAGCCUCAAGAUGCUGCUAGUCAGCUUGUCCAUGGGUCUUACCCAUAUGCAAGUGUGUCAUUGUCCUCACCCCAAGGUGCUGCUAGUCAGUCCAGCCAAUCAUAUCAAGGCGCUUCUGCGUCCCAAAGCCGGGAGUCUCAAAAAUGGCAGCCUUCAGCCACUCAUUUGACACCAGUUAUUCGGACCUCCGAUGCUACUGCAUCACAGGGUAGCUCUCCAAUGCAGUUCUCUUCCCUGUCCUCUGCAGGAGGCUCAUCGAGAGUUUCUGGUCAGUUUGUUUCUGCACAUGGUGGUAGCACCAGUUACGGUGGCUCUUUCCAAUCUCAAAGUCUUUCUAGCAAGUAUACCCCUGGGUUCCAGCACUUGCCCUAUGAAACAAGUGUUGCUGGUCAAGGUACAUCCAGUGCUUCUGAGGUCUUGAGUAGCUACAGUUCAAUGAACAACCAGAAUGCUCCUGCUCAACCAUCUUCCUCAAGCCGCUUCUACUCGGUCAAGGGCUAAAAGACUCUGGUAAACUGAUGCGAAUGUCAUCCAGAAUUGAAACCCCAAUAAAUGUUUUAAGCAAA